AUGACUCCUCGUGUCGAUACGAAGCCUCCCCAGUACAGUGGACCCGCCCUGGUAUGGAGCCUGGCCCAGAGAAGUCCCAUGGUCCUCCAUACGGUAUGUGCUUUGGGUUUGCUUCAGCUGUGUCGCAAGAUAUCCCACAGCCCAACUGUCCCACGCCGUGUUUCCGAAGCUACAGAACACUAUGCUACCGUGCUUCGACUACUGGCUGUUGCAAUAUACAAUCUCGCUCAUAUUUCCGAAUUGGAUUUCAUCCUUGCUACGUUGUGGCUCAUGAUUUCAUAUGAGCUUGUCCAGGGUGCCACCGGUGCGGGGAUAUCAGUUCAUUUACGGGGUGCUGCCAUAUUGCUACAGGGGCAACUGAGAAAUCUCCGCAAUUUGAUCAACCCGCCCAAUCGUCUGGAUUUCGGGUUCAGAGAAAUCAAAUCAAAAUCUACUGUUAGCGAGGAAAUCUUUGGUAUCAUAUGUGUCACAAGUCAAUUACUCUUGUGGAUUGCCAUUGUGGAUGGAAGUGCUGCUCUCAAUGGAAUCAAUGCGGCUUUCAACCACAUGCUCGGUGAGGCCAUGCACGAUUUAGCCGACAAUGAGACAGCCUCGAGACUAAUGGGCUUCCGAACCCUUCGGCAAUAUGCCAUACUGGUAAAUCAAGAAGUAUGGGGCUCCGAUUAUCCACAAGAUGAGAUGAUUGAGGAUAUACAGUGUAGUCAAAUAUUCUCUCUCCAGGCAGAGACAGGGCAGCUGCGUUAUAUGCUAUCGAAGGUAGCGGACCAUGCGACCCAUGACGAGACUUAUUCACGCCAUGAGAUUGACGUAAUAGCUUGUGCUAUCCGUGAUGUUGAGUCGCGCUAUGAAGGCCUUUUAACUACUGCAAGGCUCGUGGAGUUGUCGAAAGCAGGGCUGCAAAGAAGAUUCGUUCUCAAUAUAUGCACGAUUGUUCCAUUCUAUUAUGGCGUUGUUCUGCUAUUUUUUAAUCUAUGCAAAUCAUCUGGGACACUCAAUGACAGGCAACGAUCGGCGAUGCGGGAAAUAAUGACUCUAGCUUUCCAAGCUUACACCGUUGAAGGAGACCGAGCUAUAUACAAGAUAUCCUGGCCGUUGUUCAUUGUCGCUCUUGAAUCAGAUGACAUGAUCCAUAGAGCCUGGAUUUUAGAGCGAUUUGGCACACUUGCCAAUGAAGGCGAGAAUCUUCGCCGGGCUCAUGAAGCGCUGACCUCUGCGUUUUCUCAACAGAAGCUUCCUAAGCGCCAUGUCAGCUACAUGGAGCUACUAAGACAUUCUAACAUUGAACCUUUUAUUUUAGAGUGA